GCCCUAAAACCCAAAUAUUGCUUCUCUUCUCCAUUCCCCUAUCCCUCUAUUUAUAACCAAAUAUAACCCACUCCCUAACUAUUUAUGCCCUCAAUACCCAAAUAACCCCUAAUACCGAUCCUAUUCGUCUCAAGGUGGUUUCAAAAUGUAGACCAUUUUGGAGGGGGCGGUGACUGCAUUUUUACCAUCUUUAUUUAAUUUCAUCUAUGUAGAAUGCCAUAACUCACAGGUUGAUGACGGUGAAUGGGAGCUGUAUCCACAAGUAAAUGCUCUAUGCAUUGGAAAUGCUAAAUACUUUGGCGGUGGUAUGAAAAUUGUGCCAAAUGCCGAUCCUUCCAACAGGAGUCUAGAGGUAGUAAUUCUUCAGGAUUUCAAGUGGUAUGACUUUAUUCUGAAUUUACACAAAAUAUACAAUGGGACAUAUUUGACGGUGAAAAACGUAACAUCAAGAAGCGUUCGUUCGAUCGAAGUGGAAGAAGUUUCUUGCAGCGGCAGCAUAUAUGUUCAAUCUGAUGGGGAACACUUGGGGUUUCUUCCAAGGAAAUUCCAUAUUCUACCAGCUGCCAUUGAAAUGAUAUGCUGAACAUGAGCUCCCUUUUGCAGAGAGAGAAAAACAAUAAGCAAAAGCUUCGUAGCCGUAGGAUCCUUUUUUUCUAACGUGGACUCCUCUCUCAAAUUAGAGUAGACAAAGUUCUGUCAUAUAUAUCACGGUCUGAAGUUGUAGCUGAACUUGCUUUCAUCUUCAGUUUCUAUCACUAUUUAAAGGUUUUCAUCAUUAUUCAUUUGGUGGCUAAAUAUUACUCAUGGGUAUUUGUUCGAUCUUAUUUUGUUGUGAUCAAUUGAUAUACAUAAUAUGCACUAUAAAUUUGUUAAAUUGUUGGAUUAUUUGCUUUUUUAAUAAGGUUGGAGGAACCUCAAGGUACGUUUUGUUAAAGCAUAUUUUAUAUUGAUAAAUUUGAAGUUGUCAAGUCUAUAACAAUGAUAAUGUUAAUACGAGUAAAUUUAUAGCAAAUUUAGUUGACUUAACUUAUUUACAUGUUGGUUGCUCGGACUCUUGGAAAAACCUUACGUGCAUUUUAACCCACGAUAAGAGAACUUAAGGACGUUUCUAGAGAAUGCAAGACCAUGUUUGAGUGAGAAAUUGGUCUCGAUGAAAUUGAGAGUUCAAUGAACAGCACAUACAAUGCAAGUAAAUCUACCUACUCAAACCCAUCUUCUAUUUCUAAAGCAGAAGGGCUUUCGGUGGCUGAACCAAGUUACAGAAGAGCAACUGAAAGCUUACGAUCAGCUCCAAACCAAUUUUCCAGCACAAAGCCAGAGUGGAUCCCAAGUACAACGGGAAGAUGGAAGUCGUAUUCUUGGCCUCGGUGACCUUGGAGUUCAGAGAAUAGGAAUACCUACAGGAAAGCUGGAUAUGUAUGUUGCUGCUGCUGGCAUAAACCCUCAAAGAAUUAUUCCCUGGGGGACAGGUUUGGAUUUUGCAAGAACAUUUGGUCGGAAUAACAAUCCGUUUGAAGCUGUGGAUCGUAUAGCCAAAGAAUGCCAUAACUCACAGGUUGAUGACGGUGAAUGGGAGCUGUAUCCACAAGUAACUGCUCUAUGCAUUGGAAAUGCUAAAUACUUUGGCGGUGGUAUGAAAAUUGUGCCAAAUGUCGAUCCUUCCAACAGGAGUCUAGAGGUAGUAAUUCUUCAGGAUUUCAAGUGGUAUGACUUUAUUCUGAAUUUACACAAAAUAUACAAUGGGACAUAUUUGACGGUGAAAAACGUAACAUCAAGAAGCGUUCGUUCGAUCGAAGUGGAAGAAGUUUCUUGCAGCGGCAGCAUAUAUGUUCAAUCUGAUGGGGAACACUUGGGGUUUCUUCCAAGGAAAUUCCAUAUUCUACCAGCUGCCAUUGAAAUGAUAUGCUGAACAUGAGCUCCCUUUUGCAGAGAGAGAAAAACAAUAAGCAAAAGCUUCGUAGCCGUAGGAUCCUUUUUUUCUAACGUGGACUCCUCUCUCAAAUUAGAGUAGACAAAGUAAGUUGUUAUUUUACUUUUUUUUUGUAUCGAAACCUUCUUUAUACAAAAGCUUCGUACUUUCAUCCAUGGCCAAAUUAGAAAAUAAAGUUCACAAUUUCUUGUCUUGUUAAA